AUGGCAACUUCAAGUCUCAGCAAGCUAGGGAAGCCACCGAUGGACGCCGAAUUGGCACGACUACUCAGCCAAGUCACAUUUCCUCAAAUUGAACAUGUUACCCCUGAAGUGGUCAAGAUGAUGAGAUUGGCGACUGCAACCCCUUCUACUUACCUAGACAACUUGAAAACCAGAGGGAUCUCUCACACCGAGGUCAAAAUAUACAGCGGCGACGGAAGCAACCACGAAAUCGUCCUCUCAAUUCUUCAAAACGAAACCAAAGAUACCAAGCUACGGCCUUGUAUCUACUGGAUGCAUGGAGGUGGUUUCCACUGGGGCGAUCGGUUACAUACCACCGAGUAUGCUGUUGAUCUCAUCCUCGAAUGUGACGCUGUUGCUGUGAGCGCAGAGUAUCGUCUGGCGCCGGAACAUUCUUACUCGACAUCGUUGGAAGACUGCUACGCCGGGCUGAAAUGGAUCAGCGAGCAUGCCAAAGAAUUCGGAAUUGAUGAGAAGCAUCUUAUGAUCGGUGGAACGUCAGCGGGAGGAGCACUUGCCGCCUCGACAGCAUCUCUGUGUCUCGAACGUGACGGGCCACGUAUAUGUGCUCAAAUGCUGGUCUGUCCUGCUUUGGAUGAUUGUUUUGAGACUGUAUCAAGUCAUCAAUUCUUGGAGGUUUCUGACUUCUUCCCUCGCGCGAUUAUGGAAGAAGUGUGUGUAGCCACAUUGAAGGACAGGACCCAAGGUUCCGGAGCUGUUAGUAUGCUGGCAGGACGGCUCGAGGAUCAUAGCGGUCUCCCGAUGACUUAUAUUGAUGUCGGAUCCGCCGAAGUAUUGAGAGAUGAUGCUAUAGCAUACUCUUCAAAGCUGUGGGCAAGUGGUGUGUCGGCGGAGCUUCAUGUGUGGCCCGGCGCUUUUCAUGGAUUUGAUCUGUUUCUUCCAGAAGCAGCUCUCUCACGUACCGCCAGAAGGACCAAGAUUGAUUGGGCGAAGAGAGUGUUCGGAGCUGAUAAAUAG